UCUUGGUACCGCAGACUGCCCCGCCGAGUAGAUCGAAUCAAGCGUUGGCGGGCCUUUAUUCCGGCGAGGGUUCCAGACCAGUCGCGCCCAAUUAUCAGAGAAGCCGCGGUGACCGCGGUCGCUGUUCCAUGAGGUCUCACCGCCGGACCUUCUCCAUGAACCAAGUCCCGACGGGAGGGUACCAAUCUUCGGGGCCGCAGAGGAGUAACCAAGAGGUGAUGCAUGAGCUGCGGACCAGGGCCGAUGAGUUGGAGAGUCUGUUCGCCGCUCGUCGGCCUGGGUCUUCCGGCUGUCGGAUGAGCUCCGUAGGGGGAGUCCGACUUGGGGACGCCCGGGUAGAUAGCGCGGACGAGGUCUUCGACGAAAUGCCGAUGGAGUCUUUGGGAGAGCCUACGAGUGGUUUGGUAGAGUUCGAUGGUGAUUUGCUGUUGAAUAUGGUGGAUAAUUUGCAGUACAAUAUGAAACAGAGUCUGUCAGGGAGUUCAAAGGGAAGGCUUUACGAGCAAUACUUGCAGAUGCGGGACGCGAAGCUGAGGCGAGAGCGGGGAUCAGCGAAAUGGGUGCGGAAGAAAGAGGUGAUGAUGGAGAUGGAGGAUGGCUUAGAGAAACUAUCGGCUGAGAUAAAUGUCCGAUUCGGGGAUUCUGCUGACAGAAAGGAUUCAGUUCUUCUGGGCCAUCACUUCUUGCGAAAGCAGAGGUCUUUCAGUGUUCGUUCUGCAAUAGAAUUCAGAGAGCAGCAUGAUAUGGAGUAUCUUGAUGAACAGGCUCAAUAUGGCCAACACAAAUCCCUUGGAACAGUUGGCACAAGGAAGAUUUUAUCUAGCAAAAGUAUAUCUUCCUCGACAUCUCGAAAUUUGACAGGACUUGUUCCUAGAUCUUCAAGAACUGCCCACUCUACUUUCACAAAGCAAAGGAUCCAGUCUGUAUAUCCUUCAGCACAAAUGACUCGCGAGUCACCUGACCUGAGGAAGGAAAACAUGAAGCCUCUGGCGCGACUUGGAAAUGUACCCACUCAUUCAGACUGGAGGACAUUUGAUCGAAGCAAGAGCACUGCUGCAGGUAUAGACAGUUACAAGGAAGAAAGACAGCCAAGGAUUCAUCACACGAGAAACAGCUCUGUUAGUUUUGGUGAACUGAAAGAACUCAUACCACGAAGUUCUGAUAGUUCUAGUCUUGCUCUAUCAAGCUUUCCAAGGGAGAAAAAUCAAAACACUGCCUCUAAAGAGAUCCAAAUUAGUGGCGAGCCUAAGACAUUCCUCAGGAGAGGUGGUGGCAUAGGUCCUGGUGCUGGUGCUUCCAUUGCUAAAUCAAGAGCUUCCAAGAUUCCUGAGAGCCAAAGUAAUGGAGAGGAUGAUGAAAAGUUGGUGAAUCAGCAAGAAUAUUCAGCAGAUAUGGUCAGAAACACUGAUGAAGAAUUCGGAAGAACAAAUGAAUUAGGAAGUUCUAGUGAUCAUGAAUAUGUGGCUCAAGAUGAUGGUUCAUCAGCUUUUACUCCAAAUUUUGAUGAGUCUUGUUCGAAUGUGGAUGAGGUGCCAGGAGAAAGGGACUUACAUAUUCAUCCUUCCAUCUCUUCUGUAUAUGAGGCAUCUGAUAUUGAUGGCUCUGUGGAUUCUCCUAGAGGCAAUUCAGACACCAGGAACACUCACCACCUUAACCUGAUGCCGGAAGCUGAUGCUGCUCGAGUAAGAAAGAAAUGGGGCAGUGUCGAAAGACUUGUCUUUGCUACUAAUGAAUCUGAUCAACCAUUGAAGGACAUCAAAAAAGUGUUCAAGAAAUUGUUAAGAUUUGGCAGCAAAAGCAAAAAUGCUGAGAAGAGACUGAACGAUUCGAUAUCCACCUCAACAGCAUCCGAAGGUGGUGAUGAUACAGAAGAUGGUUCCAAAAUGGGAAGGCAGUCUGCUAGUGUUGUGUUGCAUGAGGGAAGGAUCUUCCAUGAACAAGCACCACGUUCUCUCGUUUCUUUUCCACGUUUCAACAGCAGAGGAGCCGAAGUAAAAGCUUAGCUCACAGAACAAAGGUCUUGAAAUGUGGCGAUUCUAUUGUAUGCUACAGUGCAUGAUGUGUUGUCAGAGUGUAAAUUAGAAUUUAUUAAUUCGUUUUUUGCUGAAGAAAGUGUCAGAACGUAAUCUAUCAGAAUCCUGUGUCGAGAACACAACUGCAUCACUUCGUCAAAGCCCUUCAGCCUACCUUGUUGCCUUCAUUGAUUCGUGCUCAAGCCUCAGCUGCUCUCGAGUCCGAGCUGGGGAGGGAGUUCAGGCGCCAUCGUUGGAGACGUCUGGAGCUUAUCGAUGAUGCUUUUAUUUUGACCAUUGCUGCGAAAUGUUGACUGACGUUUGCUGGGAUUUAGUCAACGGUUAUUUUGACCUUCAUCCACGCCGUAGACUAAAGGGCACACGAGUGCGGAUCGGCUGUUCCCCACUAGGCAGGAUGCAGCGCUUUCACAGCGUGGACCCGCCAUGCAUAGUGGGUCACGGGGAAUCAGUGAUGGCAUUGUGCUUGGAGAGAGGAUGUUGCCUGUCUUGGUGGAGGCGCCCCCGCGCUUGACGUGGAUAGAUUAGAGUUACCUUCGCACCCAAUCCUCCACCCCAACUGCUCCAUGGGACCCACUUUGGAACCCACCAGGAUUCCACGUGUCGAGUGUGGAGACGCGGUCGUGCAGAGGGCAUCGGUUCCCAGCGUCUCCGCAUCACAUCGGUGAGGUUCAACGGCCCAGAUUUCGUCUCCUUCUAUAUAUCCCGCUCGACUGUUCGCAGUUCUCAGGUCAGAAGGUUUCUUCCCGGAGUACGCGCUCGCCCCCUGCCCUGGUGUUGUUCCGGAAAUGGACCUUCUCGAAGUGCCGCUCUAGGCGGUG